AUGACAUCUUCACUUCCCGCUGGUUUCAAGAACCUUCCAGUCUCCAAAAUCAUCACUUCGCUCACUCUAUUUGUUCCAUUGGUUGCCUCCCUUUCAAAUGUCAAAUACUUGUUUUACUAUGCUUAUGAUCCAUUCAUUUUACAAUAUAACCAAUUCUGGAGGUUAUUCACAUUUCAGCUAGCAUAUCUAAAUGAGUCGGAAGUUCUUUUAGGAGUUGUGCUCUUAUAUCAAUUCAGAUCAUUGGAAAGAUUAUAUUCAUCACAUAAAUACUUAUCCACAAUCAUUGUCACAUAUUUAUAUGUUUUGAUCAUAACAUCAUUAAAUAUAGCAUUCAACUUUUAUCUAGGAAUCCAAUGGAUUAAUGCUAUGGCUUCAGGUCCUACUGCUAUUUUGUUUGCUCUAUUAUUCCAAUACUCAGAGUAUGUACCAGUGAUGUAUAAGUUCGAGAUUUAUGGUACAAGUUCAAAUAAAUUAGUGCUAAGUGAUCAAUCAUUCCUAUACUUGUUAAGUUUCCAAUUAGCCAUAUCACAAGGCUUGAAAAGUGUGGGUGCUGCUACAUUAGGUUGGUGUAUUGGUGCAUUAGUUUGUAGAGGUAUGAUACCUGGCAAAGGUUGGAGAAUACCAUUCUGGAAAGCAAUUGCAAAGAAACAAGCUGCAUAUAGAGCAGAGACGCCAGUUCCAGUAAGUGGAGACCCUAAUAACAAUAAUGAUGAAGAGGCUACGGAGACAAGACCUUUAAGUACGCAAUUUUUGGAUACUUUUAGAAGGUGA